CGUUCCAAACAAUUGGUCCCGGAAUCCUCAGCCGUCAAGUGUUGGUGCGGCUGCGCGGGCCUUGCGUCCCAAAAAGAGCGUCUCGCUCGGCAUUUAAGCAUGCCUCCCACCAGGGACCCUUUCCAGCACCCUACGUUAGAUAACGAUGACUCCUAUUUGGGAAAACCGCGGGCUUCCGAGAAAUUACCAUUCAGGAACCCAACUCACCUCGCUCAGCAGCAGGACCCCUGGAGUCGGCUCAGUUCAGCUCCUACGAUCACCUCCAUGACUCGGGAUGCCUAUUUUUCUGAUUCCAAGAUUCCAAAGGACGACCUCGACUUCCGCUUAGCAGCCUUGUACAACCACCACACUGGGGCCUUCAAGAACAAAAGUGAGGUAUUGUUACACCAGGAGACCAUUCAGGAUACUCAUGAAAUCAAGAGUCAGCUCCCUGGAGAGUAUUUAUCCCUUCCUCCUCCACCCCCCAUCACAUCACUGGCUCCCAUCAGACAAUGGAUCAACCCUAAGAAGGAGUCCAUCCACAGCGUCCAGGGAGCCAUAGUGUCCCCUCACACUGCAGCCACCAAUGGAGGUUAUUCCCGAAAGAAUGAUGGUGGCUUCUUCUCCACCUAGUGGUGGCAAGCUGCUAGACUAAUCAGAGUGGAACACCUUGCUGCCUACCUCUAUUAAACAUUUGUGCAAGACAGUGCCUGAAGUCUGUUACCCUUAAUUGUGAGUUUC